UCUCUGUCUCCCGUGUUUAGGAGAUCACUAUGCCUGAGUUGCUGUACGAGGAGGUGAUCGAGGUUGAGGAGCGAGUGGUUUUGCGACAGACGGGCUGCCAGUUGACCAAGCCGGAUGGGCUGGAGGUUGUCACUGGAUCCACGGGAGACCAGGUGGAGGUGUGGAGGAGCACGGACCUGCUACAGCUGGAGGCUGAGCUGAAAGCCGUUCUGUCGAGAGGCAUCCAUAGUCUCGCUGUGGUGCUCUUGCAUUCCUACACGUGGUCUGAGCACGAGCGGCGGGUUGGUGAGCUGGCGAGGAGGUUGGGCUUCCAGCAUGUCUCGCUGUCCUCGGAGGUGAUGCCUAUGGUCCGGGUGGUACCCCGGGGGUACACUGCCUGCGCCGAUGCCUACCUCACCCCCUGCAUCAGGCGGUACAUCAGCAGCUUCCGUGCCGGCUUCCAGAACACGCUCAAGGAUGUGCGGGUUCUGUUCAUGCAGUCAGACGGGGGCCUCACCCCCAUGGACAAGUUUAACGGGUCUCGGGCAAUCCUGUCUGGACCAGCCGGAGGGGUUGUAGGCUACGCGGUCACCACGCACGGAUGGGCCGGAGCAGAGGCUGUCAUCGGCUUUGACAUGGGCGGCACGUCGACAGACGUGAGUCGAUAUGCCGGCAAGUUUGAGCACGUGUUCGAAGCCACGACUGCAGGGGUGACCAUCCAGGCACCUCAGCUGGACAUCAAUACGGUGGCAGCGGGCGGAGGCUCCGUGCUUUCCUUCAGGUCGGGGCUGUUUGCUGUUGGUCCAGAGUCGGCUGGGGCACACCCAGGACCUGCAUGCUACAGGAAAGGGGGACCUCUCACCAUCACCGAUGCCAACCUCUGUCUGGGACGACUAUUGCCGGAUUACUUUCCCAAGAUCUUUGGGGCCACCGAGGACCAGCCACUGUGGAGGGAAGGGGCCCUCAGGGAGUUCCGGAAGGUCACAGAGCAGGUCAACACGUUCCUGUCCAGCCAGUCGCAACGCGGUGACGUGAAGGGCUCCGGCCAAUCGCAAAUGACUGUGGAGGAAGUUGCCCUGGGGUUCAUCCGGGUGGCGAAUGAGUCAAUGUGCCGGCCGAUACGAGCCCUGACUCAGGCCAAAGGCCACGACACUUCACGCCAUGUGCUAGCAUGUUUUGGUGGAGCUGGAGGACAACAUGCUUGUGCCAUUGCCCGGUCCCUGGGGAUGAAGACGGUCUUCAUUCACAAAUACAGCGGGAUUCUCUCGGCCUAUGGGAUGGCGCUGGCGGACGUGGUGCACGAGUCGCAGGAGCCUUGCUCGCUGGUGUACGAGCCAGCCGCGUACCCCCUGUUGGAUCAGCGGAUCUCAGCGCUGGAGGAGCAGUGCGUGGACGCCCUCCUUGCCCAGGGAUUUCACAGGUCGCAGAUCCAGACGGAGGCAUUCCUACACAUGCGGUAUAAGCACACAGACUGUGCCCUAAUGUGCUCUGCCUGUGACCACCCUGCCCGCCUGGGUACUGACUCCUGUCAUCAUGGAGACUUCCGAACAGCAUUCACCAGCAGGUACUUGAAGGAGUUUGGCUUUGUGAACCUGGAGAGGCCAGUCAUCGUGGACGAUAUCCGUGUCCGAGGCUGUGGCAAAUCUGGCAUUGGCUCGGAGCAGAGGGUGACCAGCAGUGGGAGACCAGCUCGUAUGGAGACCGAAGUGAAAUGUUACUUUGACGACGGUUACCUGGAUACAGCUGUCUACCUGCUGGAGGAGCUGUCAUGUGAUCACACCAUCGCUGGGCCUGCGAUUAUCAUCGAUAAAAACAGCACCAUCCUGGUUGAACCAGACUGUGUGGCAGCCAUCACCCAGUACGGGGACAUCAAAAUCACCGUGGGCAGUGGCAAGAUGCGAGCUGUCGGGCUGGAACUGGACACAGUCCAGCUCUCCAUCUUCUCCCACCGCUUCAUGAGCAUUGCAGAGCAAAUGGGUCGAAUCCUGCAGCGAACCUCCAUCUCCACCAACAUCAAGGAGCGACUGGACUUCUCGUGCGCUCUGUUUGGCCCGGAUGGUGGUCUGGUCUCUAACGCCCCGCACAUCCCUGUGCAUCUUGGCGCCAUGCAGGAGACAGUGCAGUUCCAGAUUGAUCACCUGGGCAGUGAAAUCGAGGAGAACGACGUGAUCCUCAGCAACCAUCCUCGUGCGGGCGGAAGCCAUCUCCCCGACCUGACAGUGAUCACACCGGUCUUCCGAAAGGGUGUCUCCCGCCCAGUGUUCUUCGUGGCAAGCCGUGGGCAUCAUGCAGACAUUGGAGGCAUCACACCAGGGUCCAUGCCCCCACACUCCAAGUCCUUGCAGGAGGAAGGGGCUGUCUUCACAUCCUUCAAACUGGUGAAGAACGGGGUCUUCCAGGAGGAGGCUGUUACUGAGGCCCUCAAAGCUCCGGCCCAGAUUGCAGGCAGCAGCGGCACCCGCAAUCUCCAUGACAACCUGUCGGACCUGCGGGCACAGGUAGCGGCCAAUCAGAGAGGGAUCCAGCUGGUGAACGAGCUGAUUGAUGCCUACGGGCUGGAGGUUGUCCAGGCGUACAUGGCGCACAUUCAGGACAAUGCGGAAGUCGCCGUGAAGGAAAUGCUGAGGGAAUUUGCCCAGCAGCGUCGGCAGAGCGACGGAGAGCUGGCGGUGAGCGCAGAGGAAUUCAUGGAUGAUGGGACUCCAAUCAGGUUGACUGUGAAGAUCGAUGAGGCAGAGGGAACGGCCGUGUUUGAUUUCACGGGCACCGGACCGGAAGUAUUUGGGAAUUGCAACGCUCCUCGAGCUAUCACCCUCUCGGCACUCAUCUACUGCCUCAGGUGCAUGGUAGGGCAGGAUAUACCCCUCAAUCAGGGCUGCCUCACCCCAGUGAAGAUCGUCGUUCCGAAGGGCUCCAUCCUCGACCCCUCGUCGGGGGCCGCCGUGGUGGGGGGUAACGUACUGACCUCGCAGCGGGUGGUGGAUGUAAUUUUCAAGGCGUUCAGGGUCUGUGCGGCCUCCCAGGGCUGCAUGAAUAACGUCACGUUCGGCAACGAGCAGGUGGGCUACUACGAGACUGUGGCUGGAGGGUCUGGAGCAGGCCCAGGGUGGGACGGCCGAGGAGGGGUCCACACCCACAUGACCAACACACGGAUCACAGACCCUGAGAUCCUGGAGAAAAGGUAUCCCGUGGUCCUGAGGAGGUUUGAGCUGAAGCCUGGUUCAGGGGGUAAAGGACGUCACUGUGGAGGGGAUGGAGUCAUUCGGGAACUGCUUUUUCGAGAGAAUGUCAUCCUCUCGGUGCUGACAGAACGCCGAGCUUUCCAACCCUACGGACUAGACGGAGGGGAGCCCGGAGCACGGGGACUCAAUCUGCUGAUCCGCCAGGACGGGAGAACCAUAAACCUUGGUGCAAAAACAUCUGUCGCCAUCGAGCCUGGGGACACCUUUCAGUUGCACACUCCUGGAGGUGGAGGCUGGGGUUCCCCUGAGGAUGCUUCAGGAUCCAAGCCAGCAACCCACAGACCAGGUGCUGCCGUACUUCAGCACGGAAGUGUCUUUGAGUAUAAACAAAUGCAAGAGUCUGUGUGACCACUCACUCCUCAGUAACUCCUCCAGUCGAGAAGGGACAAUGGUGACAAACACUAACAUUUAAUUUUAAUUCAGUUUCUGUACCGUGUAGGUCAAAUAUCACCGGAUGUUAACCAUCUUGUGAAGGAAAAUGAAAUGAUUGUUACUCCAGAUCUGAUGCAGCACAAAAAAAGAUGAAGAACACAAUCAAAAUGUUAAAAACACAACAAGUAUAAAUAUGUAAGAGCUUUCUAAACACGUUGAAGUUUAAUUGUCAUUCAACCAUACGUGAAUCCAGCAAAACAAAACUGUAUUACUCAGGGCCAAGUUCCAAAACACAGAACCAGCAGUCACACACAGCACAAUAUACGACAUCAGCAAAGUACAGUCACACAGAAUAAAACACAGCCCAAGUCCCCGAGUCCGUGAAUGUUGCAGCAGCCUGCGGUCAAACACGUACAGUUUCACUUCUACCAAGCAAAACCUGGGGCAGCUUGGGCACUGCACCGUACCGACUCCAACGCCUCUCUCCUGGGUGGGCGACACCACGGCAGGAGGCCUGGCGCUCACUACAACCAAGGCCACACACCUUCCCCGCCAUCCGCCAAUAAGCCAGAGAAUUGGUUUGCAGCCUUCCACAUUGACAAUGUCCAACAGGGACUUGCGAUCGCAAGAAAAGCGAAUGAGAUGAUCACUGGCCGUCAGGCUGCGCGCUGACUCCUCUGAAGCACUGAUUGUGUGUCAGAGUGUCGCUGGGCUCAGGAGUGACGGACCGGAAAUGAUAAAGCCGUGGUGUUUGGGGGUGUGGAGGGCUGGGUUUGUGGGUGGGGGUGUUGAUCAGCCUUAUUGCUCAGGGAAAGUAACUGUUUUUGAGUCUGGUGUGGAUGCUACGUAGCCUCUUCCCCCUUGGGAGCGGGGCAAACAGCCUGUGAACAGGGUAUGGAACUAUGUUGAAUAUCUUGGGGAUGUGUAUCUCCAAACACUCUUUAGACAAUCAAAAAAAUUCUCCAUCACCCAUCCAAACAGUCAGACAGGCGAUUUUGUGGAUGCAGGAAAGAAACAUGGAUGAUAGUUUGCCUCCCAGGUGCCAGGAUCACGUCCACGAUAUCCUGAAGUGGGAAGGAGAACAGCCAGAGGUCGUGGUACAUAUUGGAACCAAUGACAUAGGUAGGAAAAGGGAAGAGGUCCUGAAAACAGACUACAGAGAGUUAGGAAGGAAGGUUGAGAAGCAGGACCAAAGAGGUAGUAAUCUUGGGAUUACUGCCUGUGCCACGCGACAGUGAGUAUAGGAAUAGAAUGAGGUGGAGGAUAAAUGCAUGGCUGAGGGAUUGGAGCAGGGGGCAGGGAUUCAGGUUUCUGGAUCAUUGGGACCUCUUUUGGGGCAGGUGUGACUGGUACAAAAAGAACGGGUUGCACUUGAAUCCCAGGGGGACCAAUAUCCUGGUGGGCAGGUUUGCUGAAGCUGCAUGGGAAAGUUUAAACUAGAAUUGUUGGGGGGUGGGAACCAAACUGAAGAGACUGGGAAAGAGGCAGUUGGCUCACAAACAGAGAAAGCUUGUAGACAGUGCGAGAGGGAGGAUAGACAGGUGACAGAGAAGGGACGUGCUCAGACCGAAGGCUUGGGAUGUGUCUUUUAAUGCAGGGAGUGUUGUGAACAAAGCGGAUGAGCUUAGAGCGUGGAUCAGUACUUGGAGAUGAGGUGGCCAUUACAGAGACUCGGAUGGCUCAGGGACAGGAAUGGUUACUUCAAGCGCCGGGUUUUAGAUGUUUCAGAAAGGACAAGGAGGGAGGCAAAAGAGAUGGGGGUGUGACACUGUUGAUCAGAUAUAGUGUCAUGGGUGCAGAAAAGGUGGACGUAGUGGAGGGAUUGUCUACAGAGUCUCUGUGGGUGGAGGUUAGGAACAGGAAGGGGUCAAUAACUCUACUGGGUGUUUUGUAUAGACCACCCAAUAGUAACAGAGACAUCGACGUUGAGGAGCAGAUAGGGAGGCAGAUUCUGGAAAGGUGUAAUAAUAACAGGGUUGUUGUGGUGAGAGAUUUUAAUUUCCCAAAUAUUGAUUGGCAUGUCCCUAGAGUGAGGGGUUUAGAUGGGGUGGAGUUUGUUAGGUGUGAUCAGGAAGGUUUUCUGACAAAAUAUGUAGAUAAGCGUACAAGAGGAGAGGCUGUACUUGAUCUGAUAUUGGGAAAUGAACCUGGUCAGGUGUCAGGUCUCUCAGUGGGAGAGCAUUUUGGAGAUAGUGAUCACAAUUCUAUCUCCUUUAUCAUAGCAUUGGAGAGGGAUAGGAACAGACAAGUUAGGGAAAUGUUUAAUUGGAGUAAUGGGAAAUAUGAAUCUAUCAGGCAGGAACUUGGAAGCAUAAAUUGGGAACAGAUGUUCUCAGGGAAAUGUACGGCAGGAAUGUGGCCAAUGUUCAGGGAAUAUUUGCAUGGGGUUCUGUAUAGAUACAUUCCAAUGAGACGGAAAGAAUGGUAGGGUACAGGAACAGUGGUGUACAAAGGCUGUUGUAAAUCUAGUUAAGAAGGAAAGAAGAGUUUACAAAAGGUUCAGAGAGCUAGGUAAUGAUGGAGAUCUAGAAGAUUAUAAGGCUAGCAAGAAAGAGCUUAAGAAAGAAAUUAGAGAGCCAGAAGGGGCCAUGAGAAGGCCUUGGUGGGCAGGAUUAAAGAAAACUCCAAGGCAUUUUACAAGUAUGUGAAGAGCAAGAGGAUAAGACAUGAGAGAACAGGACCAAUCAAGUGUGUCAGUGGAAAAGUGUGUAUGGAAGCAGAGGAGAUAGCAGAAGUACUUAAUGAACACUUUGCCCCAGUAUUCAGUAUGGAAAAGGCUCUUGGUGAUGAUAGUGAUUUGCAGCAGAUUGAAAAGCUUGAGCGUGGAGGUAUUAAGAAAGAGGAUGUGCUGGAGCUUUUGAAAAGCAUCAAAUUGGUUAAGUCACCAGGUGAGAUGUACCCCAGGCUACAGUGGGAGGCGAGGGAGGAGAUUGCUGAGCCUCUGGCGAUAAUCUUUUCAUCAUCAAUGAGGACGGGAGAGGUUACCGAGGAUUGGAGAGUUGCGGAUGUUGUUCCUUUAUUCAAGAAAGGGAGUAGAGACAGCCCAGGAAAUUAUAGACCAUUGUGUCUUACCUCAGUGGUUGGUAAGUUGAUGGAGAAGAUCCUGAGAGGCAGGAUUUAUGAAGAUUUGGAGAGGUAUAAUAUGACUAGAAAUGUCAGCAUGGCUUUGUCAAGGGCAGGUCGUGCCUUAUGAGCCUGAUUGAAUUUUUUGAGGAUGUGACAACACAUUGAUGAAGGAAGAGCAGUAGAUAUAGUGUAUAUGGAUUUCAGCAAGGCAUUUGAUAAGGUACCCCAUGCAAGGCUUAUUGAGAAAGUAAGGAGGCAUGGGAUCCAAGGGGGGACAUUGCUUUGUGGAUCCAGAACUGGCUUGCCCACAGAAGGCAAAGAGUGGUUGUAGACUGGUCAUAUUCUGUAUGGAGUUCAGUCACCAGUGGCAGAUAGAGUUCAACCCAGACAAGUGUGAGGUGGUUCAUUUUGGUAGGUCAAAUAUGAUGGCAGAAUAUAGUAUUAAUGGUAAGACUCUUGGCAGCGUGGAGGAUCAGAGGGAUCUUGGGGUCAGAGUCCAUAGGACGCUCUAAGCUGCUGCGCAGGUUGACUCUGUGGUUAAGAAGGCAUACGGUGCAUUGGCCUUCAUCAACCAUGGGAUUGAGUUUAGGGGCCAAGAGGUAAUAUUGCAGCUAUAUAGGACCCUGGUCAGAUCCCACUUAGAGUACUGUGCUCAGUUCUGGUCACAGGAAGGAUGUGGAAACCAUAGAAAGCGUGCAGAGAUUUACAAGGAUGUUGCCUGAAUUGGGGAGCAUGCCUUAUGAGAAUAGGUUGUGUGAAUUCAGCCUUUUCUCCUUGGAGCGAUGGAGGAUGAGAGGUGACCUGAUAGAGAUGUAUAAAUGAUGAGAGGCAUUGAUCGUGUGGAUAGUCAGAGGCUUUUCCCCAGGGCUGAAAUGGCUGGCAUGAGAGGGCACAGUUUUAAGGUGCUUGGAAGUAGGUACAGAGGAGAUGUCAGGAGUAAGGUUUUUAUGCAGAGUGGUGAGUGCGUGGAAUGGGCUGCCAGCGAUGGUGGUGGAGGCGGACACGAUGGGGUCUUUUAAGAGACUCCUGGACAAGGUACCUGGAGCUCAGAGGGUGAUGGGUAACCCUAGGUAAUUUCUCAGGUAAGGACAUAUUCAGCACAACUUUGUGGGCCGAAGAGCCUGUAUUGUGCUAUAGGUUUUCUAUGUUUCUAUGCAAACCUUAUACCAAAUUUAAAAAUUCUCCAUCACCCAUUUAAACCUUGUAUGGAAUUUAAAAAUUCUCCAUCACCCGUCUAAACCUUCUACCUCAUUGGCUCUACGGUCACUAAUCCUUACCAAUGGGAAAGGAUCAUUUCUGUUCACCCCGCUAUGGGCCAUUGGAACCACCUCACCAGGGGCAUUGGAACAACCCUGCUAGGGGCCGUCACAAUCACAGAAUAUCCACCUCAGUUCAGUCUCCUCUUAAUGUUCUGAAUAAAAGAUUAAUAAAUUCUGUUAAUUUGA